AUGUCGUUCCGGGUACCCCAGCGAUUAAGCGCGCCGCUCAUCCUCGGUGGGAUCAUCGCGCUGUACCUCCUCUACACCCUUAGCACCGCCUCCUCGCCCACAUGGGUCCCCUCCCUCCGUGGCUCCGCCGCCCCCCCGCGCGUCCUCCUUGUCACCGCCUACUACCCCCUUAAAAAGUCCAAACAUCCCCAGAGCGACUAUGACCACUGGCUCACCAAUCUUAUGGGCCAGCUCUCAACCGACAUGUACAUCUUCACCUCGUCCAGCUACGAAGCCCACCUGCAAGGGCUUAUCGCUCGGGCAGUCGAUUCGGACCUCACUCGUCGGCGAAAUCACACAGGCGUCUUUGCUCAACGCAAAGUGUACUAUGACACGCGGUACAGCGGGCCUCUGGAGACUCCGCCUCUGGCCGAGUUCGCCAAGGUAGCGCAGGAGCAAUGGGACAAGGAUGGGGAGAAGGCAUACCACAACCCGGACCUGUACGCUGUAUGGGACUCCAAGGCGUACUUUGUCGGCGAGGCGGUACGGGCGAUGGCGGAUCUCAAGGCGUAUGACAAGAGGGCGCCAACGUACAAGUACGUCUUCUGGGAAGACGCGGGAGCGAUGCGGGCGGACCACCUCCUGCAGGCGUGGCCGGAUAUGGACCGGCUUGACUCCAUCUUCAGCCAGGGCGCAGCGACGGUCGGGUCUGAUCCUUCUGCGCCCGCACCACUCGUCAUGUUCCCGCUCUGGCGGAAGCCGCAAGCACAGGAAAAGGCGUGGGGAGAGGAGAAGGGACCUCUGGGCUCGGAUAUCGUCGAGGGCUCAUUCUUCGGCGGAACCCCAUCCUCGGUCCUCUGGUUCGAAUCAACCUUUUAUGCCCUGUUUGACCGGCUCCUUGCCAAGGGCUUCUUUGUCGGCAAGGACCAGACCGUCUUCAACCUCGUCAUGUCCCUCAAUCCUACCAAUUUCUUUGGCCCCAUCCCUAGAGAACACAACGACGUCGCCAAUUGGGGCGCAAACCCAUGCGGCGAUACAUGGUACUACUAUCAUCAAUGGCUGGCGUCGGCGGCGGAGUUGGCGGAAACAGAGAAGUUCAGAGGAAAUGCCUGUCCUAUGGUAGAACCAGAGUUCCCUUUCUUGUAG